AUGUACCACGGGUCCAAGUCGAAAUCCCAUCAAUGGGGCAGCUGGUCCGACUGGGUUUUGGAUGAGCAGCACCACCGCUACUAUCGCUUUCGCCAGGAUUCCGAAGGGAAUUACGACUAUGACUGGGACCAGCACGGCUCGGCCGCCGCCGCUCAUGCGCAAACUCCGCGAGACACAACGAUCAACGACAUAACAGAGGGCCUCAAGGGCCUCACCACCGACUACGAUGGCUCAAUAUCCGAAGAUCAUUUGUCAAACUCGAAAUCCGGCAGGCCCAAGAGCAAGCACAGGCACCGGACAGGCUCCCACGACGAGGACUCGGCACAAAGCGCCUACAGAACCUCGACGGCGGAAUCCUUGCAUGUGUCCCAGGCGGGGCAGUACGACUACAUGGCAAGUCAAUACGUCCACGGAUCAUCCGAAGCGCAGUACUACCAGCCGUCGACAUCAGACUCCCAAUCGGCUCCUGUGUACGGCGCAAGAGAAGGCCGAUCAGCUGAGAAUCACGCAGCUGACCGGCCAAUACAUGGGUACGACGAGCGAAAUCAUUACGACGAGCGGAAACACAGCCCUGACCAAGAUCACGAAGACGACGAGUUGGCAAACACUAUCGCGGAGAGCCAAGACUACAAUUCAUACGCAUAUGCAAAUGCUGGAGAAUCAUCAGCAUCGGCUUAUGGUCUGGUGCACCUCCCUCAAUAUGACGACGACGAAGACGAAGGCCCGCCUACACCAAAGGCUCAGUCGGGAGCAGGCAGCUACCACAUAACAGCACUUGAAGAGCCAUUGGAAGAGCUAGAUCCACGUUACCGAGUUGAACCGUCCAGCAAGUUUCAACCAGGCGAGAUAUUUAAAGUUCAUUGGUCGGAGCCGCAAGGUGCCAGCUCUGAAGGCGCUCCAAGCGUGUCCGGCAAACAUGAAAUCCAGAACCGGUUUGGAACUAAAUUCUUUGUUGGUUUCCGGCGCUUCAUUGUGAUAGCAAAUGAUCAGGGCCACUGCACCUGCGUACCGAUUCUGACGUACGGCGGCAAAGGCUGCAAAAAGAAAGGUGUCAAGGCUGACAAACAUGGCAUCAUUCAUGAGCGCGGCACCAAGCCGCGACUACUUGAUAAGGAGCCAAAGCUAGGGUUCCCCCCGGUUAGGGUCGAGAUGAAAGAAGAGGGCGAGAAGCUCUCCAAGGAGUCCCGCGUCAAUUAUUCCAAGCUGGUCACGGUGGAACACAACGUCAAGGUGUUUUUCAUCGGGUCAAUCGUGUACAAUGACUGGGAACUCGUUAGCGACGCUGUAAACCACUGCUGGAACAAAAAGAACCAUCAGAAGCAGAGGCAUCGAUAAGACCCGGGGGGAAGCUGAUGGCUGGCACAGACACGUUUUUAUCAUCUCAAGCGGUUGCGCACCUUGAGCGCAUCGCAUUCGAUGGAGCCGCCUUGCCAAUGGCAGUGCACCCAUCCACAAAAUACGUUCCUCGGAAAUAGAUAUCCCACGAUGUCACAAAGUUCCUGCGAAACAUGUGCUUGGCGAUCUUGAGCUGGAAAUACAGUUCGGGUACCUCCCGGCAUCUCGAGAUGCCCUUUGAGCACAGUAUUGCGGCCACAAUCGGCAAGCAUCUUCUUUUCUUUUUUUCUGGGCAUCCCGUUGCUUUGCAGUGCUUAAUCAGUUUUCUGUUCAAAGCCGUGAAGGCUUAGCUGGAAGUGUAGAGUUUCAGCCGCAUUUACGGGGGUUAGAUUGCAUUCGCUUCCUUCGGCCCAUGUGGUGGAAACAGGACACACACAUUUAUUGCUCGGCUAGGCGGGGCCGGCUGGAUAUCAUCAGGAUGCAUGAUUUCUCUUUAAUCUUCUAUACAUUGGGUAUGCUGACAUGUUUCAUGUGUCCUUUCUUUUCACGGCAUAUAUUUUGAUGUACAGUCUCAAUGCAUACUGUCGAAAGCUUGAUGUUGCUGCCGAGUGCUUUGGAGAGGAUGAUGUAUUUAGCUGCUACUUGACAUGAGUCAGAUUAUGAGAUACCAAAUCGUUGCUACU